AUGAAAACACUGCAGCCCUGCAUGGUGCAGAGGGAUUGGACAGAAGCUGAGCUUGGUGCAGGGUGCAAAGCCAACUUUUCAGGGGGUGAACCAGGUGUUGCAGGAGACUUAGGUGGACUUGGUGUUACUGGAGUUGUAGGAGGCUGUGGUAUAAAGGGCCAUAGCCACCAAGGUAGUCCCGGAACACCCGGUGUUGAUGGAGUUUUAGGUGUUCCUGGAGUUGCAGGAGAACCUGGUAAGGGCCAUGGCCACCAAGGUUGUCCUGGAGCACCAGCAACCUCAACUUUAGGUGGGCUUGAUAUUAAUGUAGUUGCAGGAGGUGUUGGUAUUAACGGAGUUACAGGUUGA